GCGCGCAAACAAAAGAAUUUCGAAUCCCCAAUCCCCCAAACCCCUCCUCACCUUCCCCGGCGUCCGGCGAUCGCGAUGGCGAACAUGCCGGUCUCGGAGAUGCGUCUCCCUCCGCACCUGGCUCACCUCCUCGCCGCGCGCCGCCUCGACACCGCCAAGGACGUGCUGUCGCUGCCGGAGGUGGAGCUCAUGGCCGUCCUCGACGCCGGCCUCCCGACCGCCCGCGCCGCCGUCGCUCACGUCAGCGAGGCCGCCUGCCCGCCCUGCCAGACGGCGCUUGCUCUUCUGGAGGAGCGCGUCAGGCUAGGGGGAGGCGGGCGGCUGCCCACCACGCUCUGCGGGUUGGACGAGGCGUUGGGCGGAGGAAUCCCCAUGGGAAAGCUCACUGAGGUCGUUGGGCCCUCGGGAAUCGGCAAGACGCAGUUUUGCCUGAAGCUUGCCUUGUUAGCAGCAUUACCAGAAUACUAUGGAGGUUUGGACGGUAGAGUUGUGUACAUUGACACAGAAUCCAAGUUCUCUUCACGGAGGAUGAUUGAGAUUGGUCAGAAAAGCUUUCCCCAAAUAUUUCGACAAGAAGGCUUGGCACAAAAGAUGGCUGGGAGGAUCCUAGUGAUGCGACUAGCAUCUUUAGCCGAUUUCACCAAGAGUUUGGAACAGAUGAAGGUGACUCUUCUUCAGCAUGAUGUGAGGUUACUCAUUGUUGAUAGCAUGGCUGCUCUUAUGUUAUUGGAAAAUGAGAAAGCUACCACAGGUUUCAGACAACAUCCUUUAAGAUGGGCCCUUUCUUUUCUUAAGUCUAUUGCAGAGUUCUCAAGAAUUCCAGUUGUUGUUACAAACCAAGUACGCAGCCAAAGUAGUGAUGAUGGCUACCAUUUUUCCUUUGAAGUUGACAGGAAGGAUGGUAAUAACCGUGCUGAAAGGUUUGAUUCUCAUCUUAUUGCUGCUCUAGGGAUUCAGUGGGCUCAUGCUGUAACUGUCCGCCUAGUCUUUGAGUCCCAUUCAGGCCACAGGUUCAUCAAGAUGGCAAAAUCACCUAUGUCUCCGGCAGUAGCAUUUCCAUUCGUUGUUGAGUCAUCAGGCAUUACAUUGCUAAGUGAUGAGGGCAUUGAUGUGACUGGUCCCGAGAUAACCUCAAUUCGUUGUCAAGGGCAAAAUGUUCUGUCUCGAUGAACCAUUUGAAUGCUACUGUAUCAAACAGGUGUAAUCCUGCGCUUGUUGUUGUCUAAUGACUAUGAAUAGGUUUUAUUAAUUUCAAUGCACUCUCCUUCAAGUUCAUAAGUAGUCUUGCUUGUGUAUCCUGUUUUCUCUUCGUAACAAGGCUUUGCGAUUGAUUGGCUGUGGCAGUCUUGUAUGGAUUCAUGGUCUUAAGGUGAUGGAUGUUUUUGGACCUGAAACUGUGGGAGAGUUAUCUGCAGCAUGAUCUUUCCUCACUAAAUAAAAGAAACAAAUGUAUGUACAAGGGAGUUACACAGCUUGGAAGUGCAAAAGGGAAAAAGGAAAGAAGCAUCAAGAAAAGCUACUCAGCCAAUCACUAAGGAAAUGUUUACCUGAAGGUUUUGCCCUAAGUAUAUCCCGAGCAAAUUCAACUUCAAAUUCUCUCUUCCAUCUUGUUAGAGAAGGGAUAACCCCCGUAGAAAAUUUUGCUAUUUCUAUGACACCAGAUGGAUCAGCAAACCACAGGGAGUAUUUCUUUGCAAACAGCAUUUCUAAAUCUUUGCCUUUAAUGACCAUGCAACAAAUUGGUAGGUUAAGGUUCAAGUUCAACUGAAUGACCACAAAUUGCCAGGACCACUGGCUAAAUGAACAAUGAAGAAAGAUGUUUUGGUGAUGGAAAUUGGAAUGCUGCUUCUUUUUAACCACAAGCACAAAGAAUAAGAUAUUCAUUGGGAUGUCUGAAAGGAACUCCUUAUGUAAGAUUUGUCUUACCACUUACAAGUUACAAGGCAUGAUCUGUAAACUGUGAGGUCAUGUAUUAUUUUUGUAGCUUGCAGAAAACUGAUGCCAAAGGCAUGAUAACUUCAUAGUUCUGCUUGAACUAUUCACUGAUUGGUCCUAAUCUGUUUAUUUUUCUGACUUUCAGUACUCAACUACUCAUCUGUCCAGUUAUACAGGCAGGUAAUAUUCUACCAUUGUCACUCUGUACGUUCCUUCCAAAAGUGAUAACAAAUAAUUAUCAUGGUCUUAAAUAUCUCGUCCUAGUUUCUUUUGUGUUGCAACUGUCACCUGUAGGUAUCAUUCCAGUGCUGUACAAUUAUAGUAGCAACGUGAUUAACUCCAGUGAUGAUUCGGUUUUGGCAAUACUACGGGCUGUAUAGGAAUAAGGUUCACCUGUGCGGGUCAAAUUGAUUGAUAUGCCAGAUCUGAUUUUUGUGGGUGUUCUGUUCAGUUAGUGGGAGGGGAUUCCUGCUGCUGUACUUUAUUGUGCAUAAAAAAAUGGCAGUUAUUCAAUCUUUUCCCCUUAUGAUUCUGUGAACCCUCGGCAGUUGUCCUAUUACUUCGUAAAGAUCAAUUCUUGCAAAGAAACUUAUUUCUGAGUUUUGAAAUUUUGCUGGUUUGUAUCCUUUCAUAAGUCCUGCUACAAGGCUGGUAUCCUGCAUGAGGUAUCUUUCCAAAUAUCUUUUAUAUUUGUAACAUAGCAUGGACAACAUAAGGGGAGAAGAUCAGGCAUUCUGUAGGAAGUGUUGUUCAGAAGUCAUUCAUAACAAGGUAAAUACUUCUGUUCCAAAACAUCAUGUAUUUGCCUCCAACCAUUAGCUCAGAUCUCAAAAACGAGCCUUUGGUUUUUGGAAUCCUGAACUGUCUUAGGGGCAUAAUAAGAUAAAGUUACAUGCUAUAUGAAGAACGCUAGUAAACUAUGAUGCCAUGGUUAGAAGAAAAAUGGCAAUCAUGUACAAGAGAAAAAUCACCACGAUACAGUUUUGUGUAACUCUUGUAGAUGGCCAAAGUAGUAGUUUUUACUGAAUUACUAACUUGAUUUUGUAUGAACUCUGAAUUAUCUUGAUUGCAGAUCAGCAGUCGUCAUUGGUCUUUAGCAUCAAUGCAAGGUACAACAAAUUUACUCAUGAGCUUUGAGUUAUCUUGAUUGCAGAAAAUUUAACAGUCUGCUGUCAUAUGCGACUCUGCUGCGUGAUCCAUUACUAUUAGAUAAUGUAUAAAAUCUUAUAGAAUCCCUGAUUGGACAUUUAAUAUUAGACACGGAACCAUGAAAAUUUAGUGGAAAUAAUGGUCUGACCUGUGUGUUUGGUUUGGGCUA